AUGGAAAAGCAAAUAACGCUGCAUACUGCAUCUUCUCAAGGACGCAUUGAUUUGGUGAAGCGGCUUAUUGAGAAUGGAGCUGAUGUCAAUAAGAAGGAUACUAAUGGACGAACGCCAUUAUGGAUCACCGCUUCCGAAGGACACGCUGACGUAGCAGAAUACUUGGUGGAAAUGAAAGCUGAAAUUGACGCAGAAGACGAUGACGAGCAAACUCCGUUAUGCAUUGCUGCUUCUAAAGGCUAUGCCGACGUAGUAAAAUUUUUGUUACAGAAGGGAGCCGAUGCUAAUAGAAGAAAUAAUGAAGAGGAAACACCCCUUUACAUAGCGUCUUCAAACGGAUAUCUCGAUGUAGUGAAAUGUUUGCUGGAAGCAGGAACGGAUGUCAACGCAAAGCACAAUUUUGGGUGGACUUCACUAUUUGUAGCGUGUUGGAAAGGGCAUUACGAUGUGAUUAGAUCUUUAAUAGAGAAUGACGCCGACGUCAAUGUUAAAGAUGAUGACGGAUGGACGCCGUUGUAUGCCGCAUCAUUGGAAGGACAUUUUGAGGUAGUAAAGUAUCUAACGGCAAACGGAGCUGAUGUGAAUGCAAAGUGCAUCAAUGGAGGGACACCGUUAUGGAUCGCAUGUUCUAAGGGUUACAAGAACGUGGCAGUUUGCUUGGUGGAAAGAGAAGCUGAGGUCGAUUCACGGGAUGAAAACGGAAGGACACCGUUAUGGAUUGCAUGUAAGCAAGACCGCAUCGAAAUUGUCAGGUACUUGCGAGAGCAGGGAGCUGAUGUCAAUGCAAAAGAUAGGUUCAAAAAAAGUCCGAUAGAUAUUGCAGAGCAAAAUUCGCUUGAGGAAAUCCUCGAUAUUUUAAAAGAGCCAACCAAAAUUGACAAUUAUGAUAACGAAUGCUCAAUUUGUUUCGGCGAACUAGAUCAUCCUGUUGGCUGUAUGGCCUGUCAUCAAAUGUUAGGAUGCAGAGAGUGUAUCCUACAGUGGAAUGGUGAUCCGAGUAGCGGACGAAGCUGUCCAAUGUGUCGAAAAAGCUGGGAAGAUGGUCCCGAAAUUCUUCCUUGGGAAUAUUUUGUUAACGGUCAUAUGCAAUUUUAA